GGGAGGAAAUUCUCCUUCCUUCAUUCAACUACCGGGACAAGUGUAGAUUGCUUUUGCGUUUAGCGAAACUCUCCGGUUGAUGUCAAACACAAGAUUGUAAUCACUCGUUCUUGCAUGUGAUACCCUCGUUUAGGUUGGCUAGUAACAUCUAAACUGCAGACAUGGUGGCCACUAAGAAAACUAAAAAGUCCCUGGAGUCCAUCAACUCUCGUCUUCAGCUGGUGAUGAAGAGUGGGAAAUACGUACUGGGCUACAAACAGACUCAGAGGAUGAUCCGCCAGGGCAAAGCCAAGCUGGUCAUCCUGGCCAACAACACACCUGCUCUCAGGAAAUCAGAGAUUGAGUACUAUGCGAUGCUGGCUAAGACUGGGGUCCACCACUACAGUGGGAACAACAUAGAGCUUGGCACGGCCUGUGGGAAGUACUUCAGAGUCUGUACCCUGGCCAUCAUUGACCCUGGGGAUUCUGACAUCAUCAGGAGUAUGCCUGACCAGCCACAGGGGGAGAAGUAGUCUAGUCACUUCCGUUUCUCUAUAGAUGUAUUUUGGUAUAAAUAAAUCGACUUCAAGAUGA